CCGUAAUAAAAGUGGUAAAAUCGAAAGCAUCCAAAGUAACGAGUCAUCUACCAAUCCAAGAUGGCAGAGAGCCAAGAGAACCAGAAGAAAAUUACGAUUAAUAUUAAAACGCCGAAGGAAAAACAAAGUGUCGAAAUAGAGGAAAAUGCAUCGAUCAAAGACUUCAAAGAUGCUGUCUCGAAGAAAUUCAAUGCCCAAUCUGAUCAGAUCUGCCUCAUAUUUGCUGGUAAAAUUAUGAAGGACCACGAGACACUUGCAACACACAACGUCAAGGAUGGAUUGACUGUUCACUUGGUUAUCAAAGCUCCCAGGGCAGCCACCUCCCAGACCGAACCACCACCACCCCGGCCCACUGCUGACAUCAACGCCAGCCCAUUUGGCCUCGGAGGUUUGGGUGGUUUGGGUGGACUUGAGAGCCUUGGACUUGGCUCCGGAAAUUUCAUGGAACUUCAACAACGUAUGCAGCGAGAGCUGCUCUCUAGUCCUGAGAUGAUGAGGCAAGUUCUUGACAACCCUUUGGUUCAAAGCCUAAUGAACGACCCGGAGAACAUGCGCAAUCUGGUUACCUCAAAUCCACAGAUGCAAGAGCUCAUGCAACGUAAUCCAGAAAUCAGUCACAUGCUCAAUAAUCCAGAACUCCUUAGACAAACUAUGGAGCUUGCGCGGAAUCCAUCAAUGCUGCAAGAACUGAUGCGUUCGCAUGAUCGGGCAUUAUCUAACCUUGAAAGUAUCCCCGGUGGAUACAGUGCUCUGAGAAGAAUGUAUAGAGACAUUCAGGAGCCCAUGUUAGCUGCUGCGGCAAACGAGAGGAAUCCAUUUGCAGCACUAGUGGAAUCCAGCCAACCAUUAGAUGCAGCGAACCCCCAGCAAGGGCAGGAGAAUCGGGAUCCACUUCCAAAUCCCUGGGGUCAAGGUCAGACGCCUCCAACAACUCAGGGUCAAGCGCCUGCUCAGAGUCCGAUCAGAGGGGGUGGUCUUCUUGAUUCUCCGGGUAUGCAGAGCCUGACCGCGCAGAUGAUGGAGAACCCACAGUUGAUGCAGAAUAUGCUGAACGCUCCCUACACACGUGCUAUGCUGGAAGCAAUGGCUGCAGACCCAGCAAUGGCAUCUAGAGUGAUAUCGGCCAACCCUAUGCUUCGAGGUAACCCUCAGAUGCAGGAACAGAUGCGGGCAAUGAUGCCAGCCUUUGUUCAGCAGAUGCAAAACCCCCACAUUCAGAACGUAGUUGCUAACCCUGAUGCACUUGCUGCGAUUCGACAAAUACAACAAGGCAUGGAACAGCUGCGAACCGUCGCACCAGAGCUGGUUGAUAACAUGGGUCUCAGUAUUCCACCAGUUCCACCUGUUCCAUCAUCUGGUAAUACAGAACAGUCAGCAACAACCACACCCUCAACUGAUGCCAAUCAACAGGACGCAUUUUCACAAUUCAUGGCUCGCAUGGUUUCGAGCAUGGCUCUUAAUCAAGGAGCAGAUGGAGUUGGUGGUGGACAGCAGCUCGCACCACCUGAGGAACGGUAUAGAACACAACUCGAACAGCUUACCGCAAUGGGCUUCGUUAAUAGAGACGCCAACCUUCAAGCGCUAAUCGCAACAUUUGGUGACAUAAACGCCGCUGUUGAGAGACUAUUGGCCAAUGGACAACUAUCCAUGAGCUAACCACCAAUCUGUAACCCCAACAUUUCCAUUACAAUACCUAAUUUACCCAAUUUAGGUCUGACCUUUUCCGAUCAGACGAGACGGCAUAUUUUCGGUAAUCUACAAAAAUUAUAAACCCAAACCUAUGAUCCAGUUAAUAAGCAGGAUAAUACACGAUCUAAUGACUCGUUCAAUGUGCAUUUUUAUUAUUUUCAAUAAUAUUAUCGGUGCCUGUUCAACGUAUUGUAAACAAAAAUAUUCUUUUUAUUUCCAUCAUUAUUAUUACUAUUAUAAUGAUUAUUGUCCGUCGAACAAGCUACCUUAUAAAUCGAUGAUAUUAGGUUUCAAUCGAAUAAUACCUAUCCACCCUUGCCGUUUUUAUUUUCGCGUCUGUGUAUUAUUUGAUGUGCUAUAGAUGAAAAAAAGGAUUUAGAAAGAGAAAAAAAAAGAAGAUGAAAACGCUAAAUAAUUGUAACGAUAUAUAUUUUUUCAGUGCAAAAUUCUUUACGACACAAUGAAUUGAUUUUAGUAUAUUAAUAUUAUUAUGUUAAUUGUAAUUAUUAUUAAUGAUAUUCUCAUUAUUACCAUUAAUACUAUAACACUAUAUGAGAUGUUCGAUUUGUCUAAUUGUAGCAUUCACCAGGCUAAUGAGCAAGGCACUAGGCAUUGUGUUUUGUGAAAAAUAAAGGUUACAAAUUGAUAGAUUUGUAGAAAAAGCAGAAAAGCAGGAAGAAAAAAUGGAAAAAACAUGCAAUAUAAGAACGUUGGAUUACAAAACCUAUAAAAUAGAUGAAAAUAGGUGGCCGUAAAACUAGAGAGGAAGAUAAGUUAGAAGUUGCAAAAAAGAGAGAGAUAGAGAGACAGACAGACAGACAGAUUUCUUUGAAAAAGGACAUUUUCAAAUCAUCACUUAUCAUACAGAAUAUAUCAGAAAUGGAUUGAUUGAGACAGCAAGACCGAGGUAUCAACUUGAUAUUAAGUUGACAGCAAAAAAGUAAAAAUAAGAUAAAACAAUUACAAAAAAUAAUAAUAAUACUGUGAAACAAGAAAAAAAAAGGUGAAAGUUGUAAAUUAUCAUUAAAAACGAUAUAUUGUGGACAUUUUACCCCUCCCCCCUCCCAGACGAUUGACAUAAAC